CUCUCGUUCUGCCUUUGUUUUCGCUAACCAUACGGUCUCUCCUCUCACAGGCAGUGACGACUAGUCAAUAUGACGGGUGGUACGCCCGCCGCGUGCUUACAUGGGCUCAGCAUCAAUGCCAAUGGAAUCAUGAGAGCUAUCACGAGAGGUUGCGUAUCAAGACUCAUCUUUCUAUCAGUCUUCCGCGUCUUCUAUGAAAGACUCUCCACAGGUGAUGACUCCAGCGACCUAGCUGCAAAGAUCAAAGUAUCUGGCGUAUGCUUGGAAUUCCAAACGGACAAUUCUAGCCGCAGAAAGUGCACGUACAAAUACUCAAAGGUUUUCGAACAACCCUCUAUCAUCUUCAUGUCCAACAAGACCGGUGAUGCACAAGGAAUGACGUCCCCAAACCCAACCGAUCUACCCAGAUCUGACAUGGAUGGCUUGAUCCCUGUGAACGCCACUGGUCAGCGCCUCGAUGUGUACCUGCCUCCACCUAACCAAUCUCAGUGGGGCCGAUACACGAAUCGACGCAGGGUUAAGAAGAUCUGCAACGCAUUCCACCUCCAGAAAGCUUGCUCAGACGUAUCCCCAGCAGGUAACGCAGCGGUCACUGUCAGCAACGAGACCAAUACUGUUGCUGGGGAGGUGGCAAGCAGUUCUGGUUGGCCCAGAAACGCUACCAGCGGAGGCGGUAUAGGUUACGUGCCGGGAUUCGGCAACAUCGUGUAUGAUCUGAUCGAUUUCUAAAUACGCACAUCUUCACCUCUCGAGAUGACUAGGAGGGUCGUAUGCGGACCCUUGCAGCUUCCCCUGGCUUUUUAAAGCACAGCAGGACCUGGAGGCUAUCAGGAAAUACGUCAGGAGAGAAACCAUGAGAUGGGAUACUGUACAGUCAUCUUGUACAUCAAACAUCUUGCGCUCGUCUGGAUUUCAUGCUAGGCCUGCUUGUAGUUCUGAUUUUAUUGCACUAAGUUGUAACAAAUGCAAGCCCUUUUAUUGUGAGAGUUACAUGGAUGAAGAUGUCGGAAAGCAGCGAGAUCCCGAGUCAGCACAAUGAACUUGUGUGGUUUACAUUAUUAGAGGCUGACCCUUAGCC